AUGGAGAAUUUCGAUUCAGAAAAACCAACUACCGAAGUAUCGCCCGGUCAAAGUGAGGAAGACAACCUCUUUGUCGAAGUGGACAUCGACGGAUCCAACGAGAAUGACGACUUACCGGCAAAAUCAAGCAGUUUUCUACGGAUGUUAAACCAGUCCUUACAUACAAUGGUUGGCUCAACUAGACUGUCACUGACAAUUGCAAUGACUCAUUGCUGUCAGAAAUUGAAAAUGGUUUCUCUCAGGAGGACGAUAUGGGCCUGGCUAUUACAGAGAAACUCGCUACCAUAAUCAAUAAGCGUUGGUCUGGAAAACUGAGCAAUCAAAAGCUGAAAGAAAAGCGGGAUCAAUACCCCCGCCCAGACAACUGUGACAGACUUGUGGUGCCACGCAUUAACCCAGAAAUCUGGGCGAGAAUAGACCACACUGCAAAACAGUUGGACCUUCGCGCCAGCACAAACCAAUCUAAUCUGGCCAAAGCAGGAGUUGUCCUGGCAAAAUCAACCGACAAACUUCUGUCACUUUAUUAA